GCGAGAGAGACAGAGAGAGAAAGAGAGAGGGGGAUGAGACUUGCCACAUCCCUGCCAAGGGUGAGAGCAUUUACGCGCGAUCCAGUACCCGAUCUCCAGCAGCCUGUUCUGCCAUCAGGACUAAUUUUACCAUGAAAACUUUCAGCCUUCAUUUUUACAUAAGCUGAUUUCCUCUGUGUGGUGAGCGUAGAGGAAAAAAACACAACUUUUACCACCAGACACCAUCUGCGCGGCGAAGUUAUUCCAUCUUCUUUUGGUGCCAAUUACACAGCCUGUGUGUUGAAGCCUGCCCGGUCGCCACUGCCCCUGUUAGCCAGGUUUAAUGUCAACUCCUUGGCUCCAAAUUGGAGGGAAUUACCCCACUUUUAGUCUCCAAUCAGGAAAAAAGAAGAACAACACAGCAAAAUGCAGGGCUUGACUCUUUUUCAACCCAUGCGCAGGGUCUGACUGCUCUUGCUUUCUGGUGAAACACGGGGUCAGGACUGUGUGGAUAAAACCCUGAGGGUUUUGACAUUUCAGCCUUACUGUCUUUUUUUAGUUUUUGCUACUCUUCUGGCCUCAGUGGUUUUUGGAGGAGGCCCAGAUGAUGGGGUGGUGUUGCUCAGGCAUAUGCAGAGCCCUGGCUCUUCUGGCACUCCUCUUUCCCUUGCGGGAGAGGGGCUGCUGGGGGCUGAAUCCCAGCUCUGGGGAUCUGGAGAAGUCCCCACACUCUGAUCCAGACCCCUGGGAGGUCCUGCACAGGCACAAACGCAGCUGGGUAUGGAACCAGUUCUUCGUGUUGGAGGAGUACACAGGAAAUGAACCACUCUAUGUUGGCAAGCUACAUUCAGAUGUGGACAAAGGAGAUGGCAAGGUGAAGUAUGUCUUAUCUGGCGAGGGCGCCACCUCCAUCUUCACUAUUGAUGAGAACACAGGAGACAUCCAUGCCACGAAGCGCCUUGAUCGGGAGGCUCAGGCCUACUAUACCCUUCAAGCUCAAGCUGUAGAUCGACUCACCAAUUUACCUGUAGAGCCCAGGUCUGAAUUUGUGGUCAAGGUCCAGGACAUCAAUGACAACGAACCAAAGUUUCUUGAUGGGCCGUACUUGGCAGGGGUACCAGAGAUGUCACCUUUAGGAACAAUGGUAGUGCAAGUGGCAGCCACCGAUGCAGAUGACCCAACAUAUGGGAACAGCGCCAGGGUGGUCUACAGCAUUAUUCACGGACAGCCGUAUUUCUCAGUAGAGCCCAAGACAGGUGUCAUCAGAACAGCUCUUCCCAACAUGGACCGGGAGACGAGGGACCAGUAUGUUCUCGUCAUCCAGGCCAAAGACAUGGUCGGCCAGAUGGGUGGCCUCUCCGGCACCACCUCUGUGACUGUCACUCUGACUGAUGUCAAUGACAAUCCGCCUCGGUUCAGUCACAAGAGCUACCAGUACACGGUGUUGGAGUCAUUGCCCGUUCAGUCUGUGGUGGCCAGAAUCAAAGCAGCUGAUUCUGACAUCGGCUCCAACGCAGAGAUGGACUACAGGAUUAUGGACAGUGACGGCCCUGCUAUGUUCAACAUAACAACAGAUGAAGACACACAAGAUGGGGUCAUCAUCCUUUUGAAGCCUCUAGACUUUGAAACAAAGAGCAGUUUUUCUCUGAAAAUUGAAGCAACAAACAGGAACAUUGACUCCAACUUCUUAAGUUUGGGCCCAUUUAGCGACACAACAUCUGUCAAGGUGAUAGUCGAAGAUGUGAACGAGCCACCGGUCUUUUCCACAUCACUGAGCAAGAUGGUUGUAUCGGAAGACGCCAAAGUGGGCACCUCAAUCGGGAGAGUCUCUGCCCAUGACCCAGACACCUCCAACAAUGCCAUCAGGUACUCCAUUGACCGAAAUACUGACUUGGAGCGCUUCUUUAAUGUGGAUGCUCUUAGUGGGGUCAUCAGCACAGCAAAGCCUCUGGAUCGAGAGGCCAACUCAGUCCAUAACCUCACCAUCUUCGCCAUCGAGAGCCAGGAUCCAACCCAAAUUGGAAAAGGCAUCACUCUGAUCACUGUGCUGGACAUAAAUGAUAAUGCCCCGGUCUUUGCCAUAGACUAUGAAACUCUCCUCUGUGAGAAUGCCAUGCCGGGACAGGUGAUCCAGACUAUCAGCGCAGUGGAUAAGGAUGAACCUCUGAGUGGUCACCGCUUUUAUUUCUCCCUGGCUACACCUGUUGCCACCAACCUCAACUUCACUCUGCGAGAUAACAAAGACAACACAGCGUCCAUAUUGACAAAGCGAAGUGGUUUCAGGAGACGGGAGCAACCUGUGUAUCUGCUGCCUGUGUUGAUUGUGGACAGUGGAAGUCCUGCCCUCAGCAGCACAAACACACUCUCAGUGCGGGUGUGUGACUGUGACUCCGACGGCGUGGCCUUGUCUUGUGGAGCUGUGGCCUACACUGCAACUGGCCUCAGCACCGGCGCCCUCCUGGCUAUUUUAGGAUGCAUCAUCACACUUCUGGUGAUGGUUCUGCUAAUCGUAACAAUGCGUCGGAGGAGGAAGGAGCCUCUGAUUCUUGAAGAGGAGAGGGACAUCAGAGAGAACAUUGUCCGUUACGAUGAUGAGGGCGGGGGAGAGGAGGACACGGAGGCCUUUGACAUGGUUACCCUCCGCAACCUAAACGUCAUCAGAGACCCCAGCGUACGGCGAGAUGUCACACCAGAUACUCCUACCUUCUUUCAUUACCCAUCAACUACUCGCCCGUCCUAUAAAUCCUUGCCGGACAACGUGGUGUUUCGAGAGUUUAUUUGGGAGCGACUUAAGGAUGCUGAUGUGGACCCGUCAGCUCCCCCAUAUGACUCUCUGCAGACAUAUGCUUUUGAAGGCAGUGGCUCUGUAGCAGAGUCGCUAAGCUCUCUGGAAUCUCUAAGUACAGACUCAGAUCAGAAUUACGACUAUCUCAGCAACUGGGGACCACGCUUCAAAAAGCUGGCUGACCUGUACGGCAACAGUGACGGCACCAGCGUCUUCUCAUAGCCCUUAAAUGUCUCUCUUAACAUUUGUUGGACUUAAAAAAAAAAAAAAAAAAAGAGUAAUUUAUUGUCAGAGAAAAUGAUUUUGUCUGCCUUAGUGCAUCGGAGGAAAAGAUUCAAAGACAACACAAGAGAGAUUGUAAGAACAACAAUUUGACUUCAAAGGUUUUUGGUUUGUUUACCUCCUUGUAUGGAUUUUCAAAAGGCGUGCCAUGGUGAGUUUUGACACAGACUUCAAAAGUGGCUUGACUGAGGAGGAAACCUUGUGUGCAAAAGACAUUAAAGGUUUCAGAUUUUGGGCUCCAGCCUAACCAUUGACUGCAGAAUGCAUACAUGUUGGAGCAUUUUUACAGGAGGCACCUGUUCUUUCGUUCCUGCGAUGGGCACGGGCCCAGCAAUCUUGCUUUGAUGCAUUACUUUGCUAUCUUUGUGCUAUAAAAACAUAAAUGUUUCUCAUGAAAUGCUUUGUCCCUGGCGGCUAAUUGGUAGUCACUUGACUGUUCAUAUGAAAUUUGACAAUUUCUAUGUUUGUUUUCCUUCUUCUUUUUGGAGGCGUCUGGGGAAAAAGGUGAUGAGAAACUGUCUGUCAUAAACAUUUAAAUGACAGAGUCACUUCCUUCAUGGACUCUGCCGUGAACCUUAACAUGAUAUGAACACUGCAACACAUGCAGUAUAAACAAGUAUUUGAUGUGCUGAGGAAGUGAUGUGAAGACACAAGUUGUGCAAAUAAUGAAAAGAAUGACACUCAUCAGUUUGAUGUCUCCAAUGGGUGAAACAGGAAAGCGUAUAAUUUCUCUCCUCCUAACAAAACAUUUUGCAGAUGUUGCAAUGUAGUGUUUGUCUGAGUCUGUUUUUUCUUCUGCCUUUCUAUUUCAAAGUCCAAUGUAUAAUUUCUAAGCUGUAGAAUUCAGUUGUUCUGCUGUUAUAUGAGGCUUGGGGGGCCAGGGAAUUUCUGCUGUGCGAGAACACUUUGCUGAAGGAUCUGUCCUCGUUGUAUGUGAUAGUGAGGUUCAUGCCAACUAGUCUAGAAAAAAGAAUUUGUUUCUGAAGUGACAGUCCUUGGCAGGGUGAAGUUGCAGGUUCUCAGUAAAUGAAUUUUGCUUCUGUAGUGUGCAGAAUCCAGCAUAUUGUCAUAUUGUCAUUCAGAAAUGAAAUCAAUAAUGUCCAUGGUUUGUUUUUUGAUGGUGAAAGGGCACACUUUAUGAUAAUAAUCAUGCAACGCUUUGUGCCAAUUUUGUUUUUUCCAGCUUAAAGACAAUUACGUUAAAAUUGGGUGUCAACAUGUACAACCGAUAUGUAUUAUUAUUUAUUUUGAAGAGGCAGACUUGUGCAAAUGAUGUUUUUAUCCUUUUGCUGGAAAUAAAAUUGACAUUCAGUUCC